AUGGCGACAACAGCCACAUCAGCUUAUCAUGUAGCACAGCUGAUCGACAAGAUGUUGUCUGUCGACAAGGAUUAUCGCUUCAUGGCUGUGAAUGAUCUGAUGAGAGAGUUACAAACCAAUAACAUGCGGCUAGAUGAUGAUUCGGAGAAAAAGGUGGGUUUUGUAUUUUGCUGCUUAUGCAUCUCUCAUCUGCUGCAAUGUGUUUUGGAGAGGAGUAAUUAUGUCUUUUUGUGAAU